UUCGUCACUUCUGUUGAAAUCUGGCUUCGGAGAGAGAUAUAUAAAAGCCUCGGGCCGGCUGUCUCCAAACAUCAGCCUUGCCUCUUUGGAUUCAUUCGUUGAGUUUGACUUUCUGGGUCGAGUCCCGCCACAUCAUGUCUUCUGCCCACUCCCACGCCCACGACAAGGAGAAGCCCAAGCCGGGCACUGCCAUGGGAAGCUGCACCAUGGACAAGGCCUGCGAAACCAUAGUGCAAGUCUACCACCGCUAUGCCAUGCGCGACGGCAAGGAUGACAACCUGAGCCCCCGGGACCUGAAGCAGCUCCUGCAGGACCAGCUGCCCACGUUCCUCGCGGCCUGUGGCCGCAGCCACCCCAAAUACCUUGAAGACCUCUUCAAGGAAAUGGACACCAACAAAGACAAGCAGUUGUCUUUUGAGGAGACCGCCUACAUAUUUGCCAAGGUGGUUGACGAUUUCCACCGCAUCAGCCACAACGAGGACCGGUGUGGACCUGACCGGGAUUGAGUGGCACCACUUUGGAGAAGAACCCAUUGCAGCAUAUGUAUCAGAUCUCAGGGUUAGGAUUCCCAUCUGGAAAGGGGCAGAGGGAACCUUUGGCUCUCCAUACCUUGUGGCCUUCAUCUCCCAUCAGUCCUUCCCAUUGGUACACAUCUUCUGGCCUUCAUCUCCCAUAACUCCUUCCUAUUGGCCCAGAUCCUCUGACUUUGCAUCCAUCCUUCCUUAUUUUAGUAGAGGAUCUGCAGAUGAGAUGAACGAUAUAUAUGUUUUGCAAUGAUGUAUUACCCACCAUGUUUGAGUCCAAAAUUUUGAAUAAAGACACCUUGUAACAUA